CGGAAUGGCCGCCAUGUCGUUGAUUAGUCGUGUUUUCACAAAACGCUUCGCUGAAGUUUGUUACAAAGCUACCCCGGUGUCGUGUCAGCUACAGCAAAAGAGAUGUCAAUGGAAUCUUGUAAAAGUCCCGAAACCUGGAGUUAAAGGGAAGAGCUUCCGGAGAAUUGUUCACUUCAAAGACGAGUACACGGUUGAGCCUUUACAGGUUACGAAUUUAGGAGGCAGAGAUCCAGUUACAGGAAGACUGGUAGCAAAGGGUAUCGGCGGAGGUAUCAAGCAUAAAUAUCACUGGAUUAAAUGGACCAGAGAUGGGCCUACCGAUAUUAACGUGCCUCCGAAGGAAAGCAAAGUUCUACACAUAUUAAAAGAUGGCUGUAGGACAGCUAACAUAGCUCUGGUCGGAUCUGGCGAUGAAUUGUAUUACAUUCUGGCUACGGAAAAUAUGAAAGCUGGAGAUAUAAUUCGCACCCAUCGAGGCAUUCCUCCAAAUACCGUGAGAGCUGCUGAGGGCGACGCUUAUCCAUUAGGCGCAUUACCCAGAGGAACGAUAGUCCAUUGCGUAGAAAAGUAUCCAGGUCUGGGAGGUUUUCUUAUUCACUCUGCUGGGACAUGUGGCAUAAUACUGAGGAACGAUAGCGACGAUCGUGUGAUCGUUAAAAUGCCAAGUAAAAAGGAAUUCAGUAUACACGCGAGCUGUAUGGCGACUGUCGGUAGAUUAUCGAACAUCGAGCAUGGUUCGACACCUAUUGGUAGCGCGCAGAAGAACAGGGAGCUAGGAAAUCGACCGAGGAGCGGUUUAUGGCAGAGGAAAACGGGUCGAUCUGGUCGGAAACUGAAACCAGUAAAAUCUGCGGUGAUCAAUGCAGAAACAAAGCACGCAUUUAAGAUGGAGAAAUAUGAAUUAAAUAUAAAGAAACUGAAUUUAAUCGAAGAGUAA